GGAACUGGAGGCACUUAUUCCCGCCACAGUCGACUGUUGUUGCGAGUUAGUAAGAUAUCUUGACAGCGAAUCUAGCUACGUAAUUAGCAAGCAGUGUCAGUUUAUUAUCAAACCUUGCAAGUUACCUAUCGAAAGACAACACACAUUAUGGACGACCUUUAUUUAGAGAACAUUGACGAAUUCGUCCAUGAUCACAACAAAGUCGUUACCUACAAAUGGCUGAGUCUCACCCUUGGAGUCCAUGUCAACCAGGCCAAGCAGAUGCUGUAUCACUACUUGGAUCAGAAGAGGAAGGAGAGCUCGGGGUCUCGACUCCAUGCUACUUAUCUUGUGUCUGGCAAAUGUGUUGAGAAUGGCAAUACGAGCCACAAGGUGGCAGUAGUGCGAGAGGAUCAGCUGGAAGAUGUAAAGUCAAAGAUGGAGUUGACUACCAGUGUACAUGUCUACAGCAUCCAGAAAGCAGCGCUGAAGGACAGCGGGCCACUCUACAGCACAGACUAUGAUGCCGUGAAAGAAAAUCUAAAGAACUGCAGCAAGUACAGUGCGAUACGCUGUGCCGCUGCAGUCCCCAUGUCCCCUACAGAGUUGCAAAGAGCUCGAGAGAUGGCACAAGCCCCGCCCCCGCCGGAAAAGGAAGCCAGCAAAGCGGUCGUCAAUGGUCAUGCUGCUCUGGUCCCUAAAGCAGCUUCAAAGCAAUCAAAAGGCAUUAUGGGAAUGUUUGCCAGCAAGAGCACUCCCAAAACUCAGGAGUGCAGCAAAGAAGUUAAAAUGGAAGUAGAAGAGGACACCUCUGUGGUAGAGACAUCAAACAGUAAGCCAGCCUCCAAGACAAAUGCUCUGAGUAACUUUUUUGGGAAACAAACAGCGAGUAAAGCAAAGUCCAACAGUGUGAAAUCAGAUAAAGUCAUAAAAGAGGAGGCUGGAGGCACUCAGACUUCCUCUGUGGCUGAAGAGAAGUCCUCGAGCUCAUCCCCCAAAGCUCAGGUCGACAUCAAGGAGGAAGAGCCCAAGAGCUCCGAAACUGAGGUGAAGAAAUCAAAAGAUAGGAGUAAAACGAAGAGGCUGAGCCCCUCGGAUAGCGAAGACGACGUAUGUGAGAGUCAGAAGAGGAAGAGACGGAGGAUAAAGAAGCCCCAGCCAGACAGCAGUGAUGACGAGGUGAUACCAGAGUCUCCACCAUCCCACAAUGUGGAGACCCCAGCAGCAAGUCCAGAAAAUCAAGUGAAGAAAGAGCCAGUUCCACACACUGAGGCAAGCAUGGAAAACCCGGGUGCCAAACGGAGGAAGAGAAGGAGAGUUCUUAAGUCUCGCACCUUCCUAGAUGAAGAAGGCUGCAUGGUGACGGAGAAAGUGUACGAGAGCGAGUCCUAUUCAGAGAGCGAGGAUGAUUUCAAGGUCAGCAAGCAUCGCCCUAAGGAGACUGGCCCUCUGAAGUCAUCAGCUGGGAAGAAGGAAGAGGAAAAGAAGAGCCAAAAGAAUGUGGCUGCCACCACCAACAAAGCAACCAAACAGGCUUCCAUUAUGGGAUUCUUCCAGAAGAAAUGAGACCCCUCCGUUGCCUGGUACCCUUUUCAUGUAGUACUAAACCACAGACAGCAAUGACACCAUUCAGAAAUUGUCUGUGGUAGAUGAACUGCAGUUGGUUAAUUGUAGAAGAACAAAAUGCAAGACCUCCCUCUUUCCCACAAAGGAGAUGACCACACAAUGGAGAAAAAUUCCUUUGAUGGCAUUUGAAAGGAUUCUGAUGUGUGAGCAAUCACAAUCACAAUUGUGAUCACAGCUCACCACAAUGAAAGUCCAUAAAUUUAUGUA